AUGUCGGUCUGGAACCCCGACAACAUCAAGGACGUCGCCGAAUCAGUGGGCAUCCAGGCGCUCAGCGACAACGUGGUCGACGAGCUGGCCCGGGAUGUCGACUUCCGCAUCACCCAGGUGCUGGAGGAGGCCCUGAAGUUCAUGCGCCACGGCAAGCGGACGACGCUGGGCACACAGGACAUCUCGAACGCUUUGCGCGUGCUGAACGUUGAGCCGCUGUACGGCUACGAGUCCACGCGACCACUGCGCUUUGGGGAGGCGUCAAUUGGACCAGGGCAGCCGCUCUACUACGUUGAGGAUGAGGAGGUGGACUUCGAGAAGAUGAUCAACUCGCCGCUGCCAAAAGUCCCGAAAGAGAUCACUUUCACCGCACACUGGCUAGCGGUAGAAGGCGUGCAGCCCUCGAUACCCCAAAACCCUACCUCCGCCGACUCACGACAUACCGAGAUGCUCCCCAAGGGACCAGGCGCAAACCCCCACCUCGCAGCUGUCAAUGGCAACGACAACAUCGCCGCCAAGCCGCAGAUCAAGCACGUCCUCAGCAAAGAGUCCAUCGAGCUCUAUAACAAGCUCUGCAGCGCCCUCGUUGACGAGACAAACGAGGAAUGGCGCAACGCGGCCCUCGCCUCCCUCCGCACCGAUCCUGGCAUCCACCAGCUCGUGUCAUACCUCAUAACCUUCUUCGCGGAGAAAGUAACACACAGCCUGAAGAACCUCUUCGUGCUGACGCAGAUGAUGCAAGCGACCGCCGCGCUGCUCUCAAACCCCACCAUCUACCUCGACCCCUACAUUCCAUCCAUCGUGCCGCCCGUCCUAACCUGCCUCAUCGGCAAGCACCUGGGCCCACCCCCUACAACUACGAACACCUCCGACUCUCUCACCACCAACGGCACCACUCCCCAUGCCUCCAACUCGCUCGCCCACUUCGCCCUCCGCGACCUCGCCGCCUCGAUCCUCACGCACGUCUGCAAGCGCUACGCCGAGACCUCCACCACCCUGAAGCCGCGCAUCGCGCGCACCUGCCUCAAGGUGUUCAUGAACCCCGACAUUCCCUUCGGCACGCACUACGGCGCCGUCAUCGGGCUGCUCGGCAUCUCCGGCCACGACGGCGUCCGCCUGCUGCUCCUCCCCAACCUACGGCUCUACGACAGCAUCCUGAAGGAGGGCCUCGCAGACGAGAGCCGCAAGAACGAGGCUGAGAUGGUGAUCCGGGUGCUGAUGCAGGGCCUGAUACGGCUGGAGAGCGGCGUCGUGGGCAUGGUGAACGGGGUCGGCAGCUCGGAGGGCGUGCGCGAAAGGCUGGCGGAAAAGGUGGGAGAUGUGCUGGCUGAGCGGGUUCUGGUGAGCGGGCGGUCGAAGCUUGUGGCGGCGGUGCUGGAGGCGGAUGUUAAUCUGUGA